AGGCCGCUGCUGCUAGCUUAAAUGUGCGAACCACCAAACGGCACAUUUAGCCGCUAGUUUGACCUGAAAUGUAGUAUUUUCGAGAUUGUAUUUGUACAUUUAGAUGAAGUAAAAUAAUUCAAAGUGUUUGUGCGAACAGUUGUGUCGAAAAAUAACUCGCUGAAAGUUCAGUUCCUGUUGAAAGUCGGUGACGGUGUAACGAGCAUUUGUGUUUACCGGACGCAGGAUGUUCUGACGUUAAGAUGCCCGCUUUUGACUUUUUGGAUAAGGUGGAGCAGUUUGUGAGGCGAGGAACGCAUCCUGUAGAUGCAUCAAAAAGCUCCAAGAAAGUUACCAGAGCUGCCAGCAAACUAUUUAUCUAUAAAGAUGGCAGUCUGUGGCGUUCUUACCGAGGCCGCCUCCUCCGCGUUGUCAGGAGCGACAAGGAGGUGAGGGAGAUCAUGGUCCGUUACCAUGACAACAACAACCACGCCGGCCGGGUCCGGGUAAUAAGGGAGAUAAUGUUGAUGUAUUACUGGGUUGGAGUGACGGAGGCGGUGAAGAACUGGAUCAAAGCGUGUGCGGUUUGUCAGCGACGAUGUCCCGCAGAGCCGCCUGAACCCCCCGUACACUUCUGCCUGGCCUACGGCUGCGAUGCCUCCAGCUACGUUCACCCUGAGCUCAGCUUCCACAGGUUUCCGAAGGAGGCAGAGCGUCGGCGAAGCUGGCUGGCGGUGGCUCAGAGGGACGAAGGCUCGCUGCGCACAAACUCCUGCCUCUGCUCCAGACACUUUGAGCCGGCCUGCUUCACGCUGAGCGAGGAGGGUCAGCUGACUCUAGCACCAGACGCCGUACCCACCAUCACCCCUGUGCAGGAGGACGAGGCUCCCGUCCCUUCAGACGAGGACUUCCUUCAUUCCAACGCCCUGGAAGACCUCUUCUCCACCGCUGCCGCUGCAGGACCCUCGGGCCCCUCAGGACCCCCCGUGGAGCUGCAGGAGCACCAGUACUGCCUCCCAGCUCCUGAUCCAGACUCUAGAGGCGUCAAGACUGUGACGGAGGACAAGAGGAGGAAGACCGUCAUCGAGCCGAGCUUCACGGCUUACAACCAGAUCGCCAGGUAUCUGAGCCACAGAGUCUUACCUAUGCAAAGCAAGAAAACCAGAGGCAGUUUAAAAAGGAUGGCCAAGCGCUUUGGCCUCAAAGACGGAGUGCUGAUGUACACACGAGUCUCUCCUGCUCUCAGAGUGCCACGCAGCAGAGGGGAGGUCAACUCCAUCCUGCAGGAGUUCCAUGACAGCCAGGGUCACUACGGCCAGGGAAUCUGCCAGCGAGAGAUCACAAAGCAAUUCUACUGGGCCAGCAUGACCCGAGACCUGGCCCGCUGGAUCUCCAGCUGCCACACCUGCCUCAACAGAACCAAGAGGAAGUGGCUCCGCUGCAGCGUCUACACCUGCACCAACUGCUGCGGGCCGGUGGAGAGAGGCCUGGGCCUCACCUUCCAUAAGUUUCCUCUUGACAACACGGCUCUUCUGGCUCAGUGGUUGGAGGCUGUUGGUCGUCCUAACUGGCAUCCUCGGCUCGGCUCGUCCGUUUGUUCGACCCACUUUACCGAGGACUGCUUCGACCGCAGCGGGGAGAAGGUCACCGUCCACGCAGAGGCCGUGCCCACACUCUUGGUGCACGGCGACUCAGCGACUUCGUCCAGAGGUCCGACCCAGCCUGCUGUGGGGGAGGAGGCAUAUUUUUCCAAGUACGAUGCCGUGGAGCUCUACCUGAGCAGACGCACCUAUCCUGAUGCACUGAGCUACGUAGAGAAGAACACCUUCAGGAGGUUCUGCAAGAAGUUUGCCAUCAAAGACGACGCGCUGCACAUAGUGCGGGGAGAUCGGGUGCGUCUGGUUCUGAGGAGCAGGCAGCGGGUCGAAGUCGCCCUGGUGGAUUAUCACGACGAGCUGAACCACCUCGACGUCAACAAGUGUCUCAGACUGCUCAAUGAAAGGUACUUCUGGAAAACCAUGAGAUCGGAUGUGGUGCAGUGGAUCAACAGAUGCUCGCAGUGCAGCAGGAAGACGAAGAAGAAAGCGGACAGAACAGAAGCAGCAGGAUCAGAGUCUCUUCUGGAGCCGCCGAGAUCAACACAGAGACCUGAGGAUUUAAACAGUGAGAACGAUGGCGACGAUAAGACUGAUGAUGACGAGGAUGUUGAUGAAGGUGGUGGGAGUGUCGGGGAUAAAGAGAGGCGGCCAGGCAGGGAAUUCAGAGGACAGAUGUAUAGUGAAGAACCCUUUGCCCCCCCAGCCUGUGACUCCCCUCCGCCCUCAGCCCAGAAUCCCCAUCCUCCUUCAUCUGAGAACUCCCAUAAUCCUCCAGCCAAGGACUCCUAACGGCCCCUUGGUGGCCAGACUAGUGCAGAAGGAAACAAACCGCUCCAACACUCAGCCUGAGAGCCAAAGCGGCGUCCAGCUUCAGGUUAGAUGUCAGCUGGAGGAGCAGACACGAGCUCAGGAUCAGAAAGAUACGA